UUUAAUUGUUUUUAGUUCCAUUUUUUACCUUUUACACUUAAUUUUUUACUACCAUUUAAGUGUGUGCUUUUUUGUCAAAUAAAAAUGUAUACAAUGUUUAUUAAUUAAAUGCAGAAUCUCUCACAUUUAUUGGUGAAAUACAUCGUUGGACAAAUUUGACCCGUACUUUGGGUCAAUGCAUGGAUAAGUUCAUCAUGCUUGUGUGAGGUGCUUUUUUGAAACCUUUGUUAGCGCAGUCAGAAAUAUUAUUGUGAAGGGGGAAGUGUGCUGCUGUUCUCAGCUUGAAGUGUGGAGGCCAUUUGAGGCUGGUUAAAAAAAAAAGGAGGGAGAGACUCAAGUUGCGACUGCUGUGCUGUUUGUACAUUAAUCCUACAUGGAUGAUGUCGUUCACAACAACACAAGCAGAUGAGAUGUGUUGUGGAUUAUGGAUUUUCCAACUUUAACUUCGUAGUUUAGUCGCUAUUUCAAAUGGGCGCCUCAAGGACGAGACGGUUGCAUGUUUCACAGUAAUAGUCGUUGUGACGUGUAGAGGACGAGGAAGUUUAUUACCAUUGUGGGGGAGUUUUCUGUGUCUACGUACCUUGGACACAUCCGUACACCCACCGGAGUGACGCCACGCUCUCUCCGCCGUGUGUUUGAGGAGCCUGCAAAACACUUGCACAUACAUGUAACAAUCUUGUUCAAUCAACAAUACGGUUUGGUAUAAACCUAAAAAAAACAAAAGACAAUACAACCAUAAAGGAAAAAAGCUGGCUUUUGCGCCACUAGCUUAAUGCUAACAUACAAUGGACGACCACAUUGAUAGGCUAACAAAAAUUAGCAUUGCGAUCGUUUUAAAUUUGUACAAAGGUUUAACAAAUAAUAUUUUAGUUUAACAAAAGUGACAUAAGACAACAGUCAACAGAUGAAUUGUUCUUCCAUCCAUCCAUCUAUUUUCCACCCGGGGGUCGCUGGAGCCUAUCUCAGCUGCAAUCAGGCAGGAGGUUGUCACGUUCGGAACACAUUGUGAUGCGUGGGGAUGUCAACUCAAGAUGCACGGGACCAGACAAGCAAGUUAGCAGAUGUCGAAGAACAUCUUUUUCGUGAGCAGGAAGAGGAACCACAGUCCCCCCACAUUAAAGAGGAAGUUGAGACGCCACAGACCCACAGUGUUAAACUGACCCUUCACAUUAAAGGGCAAGCAGAGGACCCACUUAACUUACACAUCAAAAAUAAAGAGGAGGACCCACUGACCCCUCACAUUAAACAGGAAGAGGAGUACCCACUGACCCCUUACUUCAAAGAGGAAGAGGAGGACCAAGAGGCGCCGCACAUUAAAGAGGAAGAGGAGGAACACGGCAUCAGUCAGCCUAAAUGGUUGGAGGAGUUCCCAGUGACUGUGAAGAGUGAAGAUGAUGAGGUGAAAGGUGAAAGUGAGGAGAGGGGAGGGGGGGAGCCUCCAAGCAGCAGCUCAACACAACACAUGACAACAGAAGCUGAUGGAGACCACUGUGGAGGAUCACAAGCAGACAAGCUCUUAGCUCCACUAUCAGAUAGUGAGGACACAACGUCACACUCUCCUGACACUGAUGAUGAAGACUCUAAAGAUGAUAAGACAUGUCACACUGACAACACUCACUUCACAUCUUCUCACUCUCACAAAACUUUUAAAUACCGUCGUAGUCUGAAAAGACACAUGAGAACACACACUGGAGAAAAACCUUUUUCUUGUUCACUCUGUAGUAAAGGUUUUGCACAAAGUCACCAUUUGAAAAGACACAUGAGAACACACACUGGAGAAAAACCUUUUUCUUGUUCAAUCUGUGGUAAAGGUUUUACACAUCGUCAAAAUUUGAAAGUACACAUGAGAACACACACUGGUGAAAAAACCUUUUCUUGUUCAAUCUGUGGUAAAGGUUUUGCACAAAGUAAUAAUUUGAAAAGACACAAGAGAACACACACUGGAGAAAAACCUUUUUCCUGUUCGACCUGUGGUAAAGGUUUUACAAGAAGUACAGAUGUGAAAGGACACAUGAGAACACACACUGGUGAAAAACCUUUUUCUUGUUCAAUCUGUGGUAAAGGUUUUACAGAAAGUCAGAAUUUGAAAAGACACAUGAGAACACACACUGGUGAAAAACCUUUUUCCUGUUCAAUCUGUGGUAAAGGUUUUACAACAUGUACAUAUGUGAAAGUACACACGAGAACACACACUGGUGAAAAAUCACAUUCCUGUUGAAUCUGCAACAGAAGCUUUGGUGAACGUUCAAAGCUUGUAAGACACACGAGAAGACACCCAGGAGAGAAAGUGUUGAGUUGCAGUGUGUGUGGUGAAAGAUUGUCUUCUAAGUAGCAGUGUAAGAAACACAAGUGUGCUGGUGAGAACAGCAGCAGCAAAUGAAACUGCAGGAUUUGAAAUAAACUGUCCAGACUUUCAUUUUGACUUUCUAACAACAUCAGCACAUAUAACAUGUGUGACAUUGUUGUUUGUCUAACAAUCUGGUUAAUAUGCUUCUACAUUUAUAGAUUGGAUAGUUUGAAAUAUUGAAGUGUGACAUAUUUGUAUUUGUAAUUGUUAAUAACCCCAUAGAUUAUCACCUUUAUAUGAUAUACAUAUUUACUGGUUCACAUCUGAAACAUCUUCUGGACCACUUCAGGAAGCAUAUUAUUAUUUACUUUAUACAUCAUUCAAACAGUUGUCUUUUAUACAAUUUUAAAAUGUGUGACUUUAUGAAUCAUUUGUUGGGUCUCUGUAAUCCAUUUUAUUAAUCAUCUUUACUACUCUCUUUUGUAUUAUGAUGAUUGUGUUGUGAUUUUUUUAUACUUUAACUUAAUAUGUAUGUACUUGUACGUUUAUGCAAUAAAAAGUGAGAGAAAA